GAAGUGUCUGCUCGUGAUCUUACAUUGAAUCAUUAGACGGUUGUCCACAAAAGGGGGGACCAAGGAGAGGCUCUGAAACGAGAGCACGAGAAUUUUCAUUAUCACUCAUCCAAUCACCAUCGCAAUCAUCGUAAUGGCCUCCUCAGAGGAAAGAGGCGAGUUGGCCGAGGCCCAAUCGCGGUUGGCCAUUCAUGAAGUACCCGAGCAAAUCUCUAGGAUCUUUUUUGGUUCCGACCCACACCCACCUAGCUAUAAUCCGCCAGGCGGAUCUGGUUACGGCGCUCCCAGUUAUGGGAACACAAAUGCUUACAAUCCCAAUGGCAAUUUGAACUACUACUCGCCGUAUUUGGGGUAUACAGACGACCUGAGACUGCUGAUGAAACUCGGCCAAGCGGCUUUGAUCGUUUUCAUGAUUUUGGCCGUGGUGGCCAUCAUUUACAUGCUCAUCAUGUGUUGUCUGGCUUGUGGAUUUGGGCGGAGGACUGCCAGUGGAUAUGAUGAGGGUUGGGAAAAUGGUAAUUCCGGUGGCGAAUACCCAUCCUAUCAGAAGGCCGGCUCCAAUACCUUCAACGGCUUCAACUCUUCUUCCCGGAACGACCCCACCGCAAAUGGUCUCAAACCGUCCAGUAACAAACUUGCUGAUACGCACGGAUCUUCGGCAUCUCCGGAAAUGGUACCCUCUUGGUAUGCGAACCGUCGCACACGGAGAACAUCGCCAGAAGAUUCCAAUCGCACCCAAGCAUCCACAUCGCCCGUCACUGAGACCAACGCCUCCUCCUCCACGACGUCCUCGCCUCCAUCGACCUUAGUUACGAAUGCCACUCCCAGAAGUAGAAAUAAACACUCGGCGACCCCGUCCUCCCCGUCCUCUCCGUUGACCAAGCACACGACCCUGGCCAAUUUGGAUGAGACGAAUCCACCACAGCAUCCUCCUCAAUCAUCAAUUGCCAUCCCCACCACAUAUCUAGGACCUUCAGAGCCCGAAACGCCCCACAGGAAUCCGAAAAUGCGACGCCCCCUUGAACCCGCCAAUUCCAGCCAUCUGAGCGACCCUCAUCAAAACCGAGCAUUGCCAUCCAUCCCUUCCUUGAGCUCGAGCAACAGUAGCAGCACUAGUCCCAACUCCGGUCCCAAGUCUCGAACGGAAAAGAGUGAUCGGAAGAUCAGCUCGUCCACCGAUCGGUCCCAGGCUCGCUCUUUAAGCUAUGAAUACGAAGUGCCACCCCAGAGAGCGAAUCAAGGCCGACCUUUUGAGCAGACCGUGUCCGUGACCACCCUGCCGCAGCCUUUCGAAUAUUCAAAGCCUCAGGAUUGGAACGAAGCCCCACCACCACCACGUUCUCGAAAGCCUUAUUCGUUUUCUUACACCCAAAAUGAGUUCAUUAACGUCCAGUCACGGCUGGUUUGAUUUCCUGUUCAUUGGUUCCUAAGGCCGCUUCCAAGUCAGGAGGGAUGCUGUUCUUAAGUCGAUGUGAUGAUUUGCCAAUAUUGAUUACUGAUAGUUAUUUCAAAUACACCAAAGAAUUGAGUCCUACACAA